UCAAAUGUUUAAAUGUGUCAUCUUCAAACAUCUAAUCCUGGAAAGGUUACCAAAGGACCCCAAAAGGUGUAAAUGUUUGUUUAAAAUGGACAGGCUUCCUAUACAUGGACGAAGGUCGUUAAAGCGACCUGACAAGGUUUCUAGAGAAGCAGAUAGAGACACGAAAUGCAGUUUGUGGAAGCCUGUUAACUUUCAUGUUGAGCUAAGCUACAAAGAAAGAGUCGUUACGGUUAAGUGGGACUCGGUAAGCACAGCAGACGUCGAAGUUGGACUAAUCGCCGCAGACAGACCAGAUGUAUUUUCCAAUUACGAAAAGAUAUUAUCGGAUUCUGCUUUGAACAGUGUGUCUUUCAAAAACUUUGCAAGUGGCACAUACAGGGCAUUGAUACGCCCAAUCGGAUGUUUUGAUUGUAAUUACGCUGACUAUUAUGGCCAGCCCUGUGACGUUAAUUAUACGUCAACUGCACCAUUCGUCUUCCAGGUGCAAGAAGCGCGAGUCGUCCAAAAAAAACCAGGACUCGGAGAGGCUAAAAGCAGGAAAGCUACAGACGUCGACGUUUCUAUGUGGCUGGUAGUAGGGAUGCUAAGUGUGGCAGCGUUUUUUAUAACUUCUGGAUUCGUGUAUUUUGCCAUAACUAAUUAUAACGUAAAAGACUACAAACGACUACCAGGUUGUGAUGGAACAUUUUCGACAAUGAAAGAGAUAGUUCUAAUCUACAGCAAGGAUUGUGAUCGCCAUUUCAGUGCUGUAGAAACCUUCAUAGCUUUGCUGAAAAAGACGGGCAAAAGAGUUAUCUAUCCUGAUGACCGUCAGAUUAUAUCCUCAAUCAGACAAGACGUCAAUGUAUGGGCUGACAAUCAAUGCAUUGCUGACAUUCCUUUUAAAAACUUCGACUGCAGAUCAGAGGGAUCUUCGUCUAAUCUACCACGAUGUAUCUGUCCAAAUCAAGCGAAAUGCAUAAUGACUGCAGAGUCGAAUGAACUUGAAUUCAGAUGUCAGUCUCCAUGGGUUGAGAACAUGAUCGAGAAAAACAAUGAGAAGUUUGAAAACGGACCAGUCCGAAAAUAGACAUAUCUAACAAGAAAUCUCUUGUCUAAUAUUUUAAAAAUAAACGGUUUAUUGACACCAAGGUUUAGAUAAAAUAUUUACUGUAUGUUUUGGUUGUUCAAAAUUAAUGUUUAGAAAUGUCAUUAACGAUCUAAAUUUCAACAACCCUGUUGACGAUCAAUUAAUAAAAUAUCCUUCGAUUGAACUAAACAACAAA